AUGAAGUCUGCGCGAGCAGCGCAGUUGACGGCGGGGAAGGCACUGGUGGUGGUGGGGUCGGCGAACGCGGACGUGUACGUGGAGGUGGCGCGCAUGCCGCUGGCGGGCGAGACGGUGAGCGCCACCUCGGGCUGCACGCUGCCCGGCGGCAAGGGCGCCAACCAGGCCGCGGCGGGCGCCCGCCUGGGGCAUCCCACGUACCUCAUCGGACAGGUGGGCAGCGACGCGAACGGCGCCAUGCUGUCGGCAGCGCUGGCAAGCACGGGCGUGCACGUGGACCACCUGGUCACGCUAGGCGCGCCCGCCUCCGCCUCGUCCUCCGCCGCCAUGACGUCCGCGCACCCCAGCGUGGUGGCCGCCAACGCCGCCAAGGCGGAGGCCGAGGCAGCCCUGGGGCAGGCGCAUGCGGCGGCGCAACGAGCGCAGCUGGCUGCGGCGACGGCAAGCCGGGAGGCACAGGCUGCUGCUGGCGGUAACUUCCGCACAGGGGCUGCGAGCGCUGCUGCGGCCACUGCACAGGCGGAGGCAGAGGCAGCAGCUGCAGCACAAAGAGCGGCGUCGGCGGCAGCACGGGCUGCUGCAGAGGCAGCGGCAGCAGCGGACGGACAGAGUGAGGCUGCUGCAAGGGGGGCGGCCGCUGCCGCUGCUUCUGCUGCGACUGCGGCUGCUAACAUGGCAGGGGGCGGUGGAGAAGGGAGUGUGGCAACAGGGCAGGCGAUAGUGAUGCUGCAGGCGGACGGCAGCAACGCCAUCAUCAUUGUGGGCGGGGCGAACAUGGCGUGGAGCAAGAGGCGCGUGGAGGGCAGGGGUGGGGGGCGCCGGGAGUCGUUCUUCAGCGAGCAGGCGAGGGAGGCGAUCCGCGGGGCGGGCAUGGUGCUGCUGCAGAGGGAGCUGCCGGAUGACGUCAACGCUGAAGCUGCGGAGCUGGCAGGUGCAGCGGGAGUACCAGUGGUGGUGGACAUGGGGGGCAUGGACGGGCCUCUACCAGACGUCAUGGUGCGGCGCGUGGCAGUGAUGAGCCCCAACGAGACGGAGCUGUCUCGCCUCACAGGCCUGCCCGUCUCCUCCAUCCCCGACGCUGAGAAGGCUGCUCUCACCCUGCUGGCCAAGGGAGUGCCCAAGGUGCUGGUGAAGCUGGGCAGCAGUGGCUCCCUGCUCGUGUCCUCCUCCCCUCUCGCACCCGCCUCCUCCUCCUCGCCCCUCUCUGCUACUCUCACCACGGGCACGGAUGGCUCGGGGCGUCAUGUGUGGCAGCUGCGGCAGCCAGUGGUGCCGGCACGCAUAGUGGUGGACACAACAGGGGCCGGCGAUACCUUCACCGCUGCAUAUGCCGUGGCACUGCUGUCCGGCUCCUCUGAUGCUGAUGCGCUGCUAUUCGCCUCCUGUGCUUCUUCGCUGUGUGUACAAAAGAAGGGAGCCAUGCCAAGCCUCCCAGAUCGGGCCGCGGUGCAAGCUUUGGUGCAGCAAUCGCAGAACUCUUGCCUUCCCGUCCAUCCAUCUCCGCCUUUCCGUGCUGCCCUUCCCCCUCCUCCACCCAACCUGUCCACUGCGCCUCCCCCGUCCCUCUGCCGCGCAAAGGCAGUGAUGCUGGUGUGCGUGCAGCACGGUUGCAGAGGUAGCGUUGGCUGCGCAAGCCAGGCGAAGUGGAGCACACACAAACGACACCACCAACUCCCCAAACAACCAUCUGCUGUAGUGUUGCAAUACCCAGCUCACUUCUGUCGACCCCUCCAGCCGCAUUCACUUGUGCCUUCGCCGCGCGACAUCCAUUGCCAUAUUUUGCCGCCAGUCGACAAUCUGCGCGAAGCGUCUUCCCCACUGCAUAUUUCCGCAAUGACUGCCGCCAUGCCAGCGUCAUCCCUCGACCCGCCCGCUCGCCGCUGGUCCUUCGCGCCCACUGCCGUCUUGACCUGCUGCUUCUCCGCCCCGCAUGCGGACCGGGAAUGCGCGGAAAAUCACGGUAAACCGCAGCGAGCGGUGACGUCAUUGGAUGCAGGUGUUGCAGUGUGCGAUUCAUCGGCGCAUGCCCAUGACCGCGAGGAUCGCAACAUCGCAUGUGCCCAAUCAUACAACACUCACAGCGUCGGAGCAAACGGUAUCCGCAAAUUCGAUGACAGCAGCUCGGAGACUUCAGAUGCCAAAGGCACUGUCGGCUCGCGUUGCCCUGCGCCUCAUGCGGACGCCAGGCGUAGCGGCUCUGCCGGAGCCGGAUCCGGAAAAUGCGCCGACGGGCUCGCCGGUGAGGGCGGUCGGAGCCGGCUCUCCCGCUUGCUGUCCUCGAUCCGCCGCAAGCGCCGCCGGCAGCCAGGCUCGCUGGGGGGACAGCAGCACCACGGCGGGCAACGCGACGCGGAAAGGAGGGUGGGAGGGGAGGGCGGAGAGCCGGCGCCUGGUCCAGACGAGGCGCGGGACGUGUGGGAGGCGGCGGAGACCGGUGGGCUGAGCGCGUGGGUGGUGCCCGCCGUGGCGGCGGCGAACGCAGCGACGGCUGCGCUGGGCGACCUUGUUAUGGGCGGUGGGCGCUUCUGCUUCCCGUCCCACCGGACCUUCCCCCCGCGCACAUCACUGAGCCGCUCCCGCAGCGUCAGUAGCGCCCACGAUGCCGCGGCGGAUAGUUCGCGGAGCCGCGGAAGCGUGUUGGGGCGGAACGCCAGCCUUGAGCGAAAUGCGGGUGGCGAAUCCGCGCGUGCUGGCGCAAGCCAAGGGGGAGGCGCAGAGACAGGCGACUGGGAGAAGAGCGAGAGGCGCGGCACAGACGCGCCUCAAGAAAGCGGAGCGCGCGAGGAUUCGACGUGGGAGGUUGAAGGGCAGUCGACGGCGGCCGCGGAUAGCGAAGGCCGUGAGGAGGAGGGGGUGACGCGUGGAGGGCAGGAGGGGGCGAUCUGCGAUGGUGACGCGGGCGCGGAUGCGGACGAGGGUGGGAAUGCGCUGAGAGCUGCUGAGAUGGGCUCGGACGGGCCUGCGGGAGGGGGUAGCACGUGCCAAGCUAGGGACGCGGAGGAGUGCGGGGACGGGGAGAACGCGUCGGCAGCGGGUCUAGAGAAGCGCUUGCUUCCGCAGGAGGCGAAAGGGGAGGGGGAAGGUAGCGAGGAGAGUAAAGCGGGCAGGAAUGGGAUCACGGGUGGUGCGUUGGAGGGCAGUGCUGGCGCGGCUACUAGCAACGGCGCGAGGCGGGCGGGCAAGCCGGUGAAUCGCGCGUGGCACCACAGGGGCGCGUCGGAGGGCGAGGGUGCGAGCGCGCGCCCCUCCUCCAGCGGUGGUGCCGUCAGCGCUUCCCCCAUGCCUCCCCUGCCGCCCCGGCCACAAACGUCCGCAGUGGCGAGGGAUGGGAAGGGCGGAGGAGAAGGGGCGCGGGCAAUACAGGGCGGGGGAGAUGUGCAGGUGCUGCGGAUGGAGUGGGGGAGUGGCGGAGAGGCGGGGUGGGUAGUGAGGCACGGGCGACAGCAGCGCAGGCAGCUGCAGGCACAACAGGAGGAGGAGGAGGAGGAGGCGCAUGUGGAGGAGAGCGAGGAGGUGCAUGCGGUGGGUGAGGGCUCGACACACUCGCAUGCCAGUGCGAGUGGCAGUGGGGGCCGGCAUGGUGCAGGUGGCGUUGACACGGCAGCGGGGAGCGGUGGUGGCAGCAGCAGGAUGAAGGCGGGGUGGGGAGGGGAUGGCAGGGAAGCAUGUGUGCGGCAUGCGCGGUCGCGGUCCAUGGCAGUGAGCCUGCCGUCCUCCUCCACGCUCGUCCACGUGCACCCGUUCCAGCAACGCGUUCGCAUGUUCACCACCGCCUCCACAUCCCCCUCCGUGCACGCUCCCCCCACGCUCACUGCCUCCGCUGCCCAGCUGCCUGCUGACCGCGCGUGUGUGCGCUCACUUGGUGCGCGGCCGAGCACUGAAGGGUGGCCGGAGCACACAGCGGAGGCUGGAGCACCCAUGCUGCAGGCGUCGCCGCGAGUGCAGAUGCUGCAGCGCCCCCAUUCCGCUGGUGGGCGGCGCCCCAACUGCAGCUGCCUGAGCUGCAGCGGUGGCAGCGGUGGUGCCAUGCAUCAUAGCGCUGCCCCCCUCGCUCCUUGCACUCGCGACUGCAGCGAUGACAGGAGCGCACCGCACAGUCAGCCGUGGGGCGACAGCGGGCAAGCACUCGAGCCACCCUCUGCGUACGAGGGCUCUGGGCUCCCUGCUCUCGAUGCAGGUGCUGACAGCCUGGUGCCAUUGGCCCCAUGCUCCCCUGUUCACAGCAGAGGUGCAGUGCCACGGAGUGCCAGUGGCAGUGCUGGUCGCAGCAACAUACUGAGGAGCAGCAGUGGGAGCAGUGCCGCCAGGCCCGUGCGCCGGGUUGCAGAGAGUGACGCGCACAGCACCAACUCCCCAACCACCUUCCACGGGUCCCCUGCCCCAACCAAUCGCAGCCCCAUGCGCCCCCCCCUGGCUGCCGUCCCUUGGGAGCAGGGAGUGGCGGGUGGCGGAAGAUCAGGGGUGGCACAGUCAGGCGUGGGCAGGCCGGGCAGGACGAGGAAGGUGAGGCGGUGGGCGAGUGAGGACUUCAGGGAUGCCAUGGCCGUGGGGCAGUCGCCAGGCAGUAUGCCGCAGGCGGGGGGGAGGGAGGCAGGGAGUGGGAGCGAGAGGGAGGCGGGCACGGUAAGAAGUAGUGCCCCGUGGGCCAGCAGAGGGCAGGGCAUGGACAGUGCGGGGGAGUUGAUGCAGGAGUCUGAGUGGAUGGGGGAGGAGAGGGGGUCAAGGUGGGCAGUGGAGGGGUUUGGAUCUCCAGUGGGCAGUGGUGAUGAGGCUAGGGAGCACAUGGGCAGAGAGCAGGAGCGGAGGAUGAGAAGGAGGGGGGUAGGGCAGAGGGUAUCACGAGAGAGGGCGACAGGGGUGGUAGAUGACUGGGAGGACCCCGAGUGCAGAAAUGUAGGGAGUGGGGAUGUAGAGAAUGGGGGCGGCAGUGGGCAUGCGAGGGUAGGGGCAGGUCCUCGGGUUGUAGGCAGCAGGCGGCUUCAGAAGCACAGUGACUGCAACUCGCAGCAGUUGCAGUGGGAGGAGUUGCAACACAAGGGUCAACAGCAGGUGGCUGCAUUUGAAGCUGUAUACGAAGGUACGCUGUCAAGGCUUGAAGCCAGUGCAGCAGCUGCUGCAGACAGCACCGUUGAGCUUGUGUAG